GAGUGUACACCAUCCUGACUCCAGACGACGAUGACUACGACGAGGACACCGCGGUGGCGGCCGACAUCAUUGAGGCGGUGCGGCUGCCCCAGGGCAUGCAGGGCGGUGUGCCGCCGCUGGUCGGCGGCGUGGCCGUCCCGGCCCCGGUCUACCGCUUUCGCGCUCUGCCCCUGCCGGCUCGGCUGGUGGGUGCGAGGGCCGCGGGGGCCGCGCGGCUGGGCUUCGCUUUGCCGGCCGAGCCCUUCGCGCUGAACACGGUUGGGCGGCCACUCUCGGUGGGGCCCGGCACGCCCGUGCAGGCGGGUGGCCUCGACGAGGGCGACUUCUUCGUUGUCAGAUACAACAUCCCCGGACCAGUUCUGUGGCACGAGAGAGUCGUGGUCUUCAAGCCGGGCCCGCCGCCCGGGGGCGCGGCUGCGCCCGACGGAGGAGGCCUUGCCGCCCUGGCCGCCGCCCUGGGGGGGCCUGCUGCGGCUGGCGCCCCAGCGGGCGCCCUGGUGCCCCCUGCAGCCGCGGGCCCACCCGUGCCGGCCGCAGCGGCCGCACCUGCUGGGGCCCUGGUGGGCGGCGCCGCCGCUGGCGCUGCCGCCGCUGGCCCCGCUGGUCGCGGUGGCGGUGCUGGAGCCCCCGUCUUCGACUUGCGUGUGCAGGCCAUCGCGGUCGACUCUCAGGGGGUGCGAUAUCGCGAGUUCAGGGCUGCCGUCACCACCUUCACGGUCGCGCCGUUCGCGGAUUGGCCCGUGCGCGGGCCGCGUACCCUCCUCUGGGUCAGCAAGUUCAUCGUGGCCAACGGCGGGUCGCCAGUAGCCAGGCGCAACCGUUGGAAGGCGGAGGCCCGCCUCAGCGGCUCAGAGCCUGGGGUGGAGGAGCACCUCCGCGUGUGCAUGGCCUUGGAGACG